AUGGCUAGGGGUCUGGUGCACCUCCGAAAAUUGAUAAUAGCAGACUGCCCAAUGUUGGAAGAAGUUGUUGUGAAGGAAGAAGAAGCAGAAGGAGGGAGCAGGAUGAAUGAAAUUAUGUUCCCUCAAUUGAAAACUUUGAUACUUGGCGCACUACUCAAACUAAGAAGUUUUUUUCCUGUGAAACAUGCUUUGGAAUUGCCAUCAUUGCAUGAAGUCACACUGUAUAUUUGCCCUGAAAUGAAGAACUUCUCUCUAGGACCCCUAAGCACGCCGAAGCUGGAGAAUGUAUAUCCACUAGACAAUCCAGCUGUGUGCAAGGACGACCUUAAUAACACAAUAAGGCACCUACACNAACAAUUGAUAAUUGCAGCUUGCGGCAAAUUGAGAAACUUAUUCUCUCCGUCCAUGGCUAGGGGUCUGGUGGACCUCCGAGAAUUGAUAAUAGAAGACUGCCCAAUGUUGGAAGAAGUUGUUGUAAAGGAAGAAGAAGCAGAAGAAGGGAGCAGGAUGAAUGAAAUUAUGUUCCCUCAAUUGGAAACUUUGGAACUUAGCGAACUACUCAAACUAAGAAGUUUUUUCCCAGUGAAACAUGCUUUGGAAUUGCCAUCAUUGCAUGAAGUCAAACUCUAUGAUUGCCCUGAAAUGAAGACCUUCUCUCUGGGACCCCUAAGCACGCCAAAGCUGGAGAAUGUAUCUAUACGAUUCAUUCCAGGUGUGUGGAAGGACGACCUUAAUACCACAAUAAAGCACAUAUGCGAAACAGAGUUUGUGUCUGCUAGCUUAAAGAAAUUGGAAAUCAGUGGAAUGAGUAAUGUGAGUGAGAUAUGGUGUAGCCAAGUCCCCACUGGUUCAUUCAGUAAACUUGAAGAAUUGAUAAUUGCACAUUGCGGCAAAUUGAGAAAAUUAUUCUCUCCGUCCAUGGCUAGGCGUCUGGUGCACCUCCGAAAAUUGACAAUAAGAUAAUGCCCAAUGUUGGAAGAAAUUGUUGUAAAGGAAGAAGAAGCA